UUAACCGGAAGUAUAUCCUGAGAAGGAUCCGGUGUUUAUUUCCUUUUCCUGGUGUGACAAUAUAGAUGUCUCACAAUGAAAAUUGCCACUGUAGCAAUGUUAUUUGCCACAUUUUGGUCGGCGGGUAGCGUUAAUGUCGAGGAAAGUGCGGAGCAUUUCUUCAGCAGCGGCCACACCAACAACUGGGCCGUUCUGGUGUGCACGUCCAGAUUCUGGUUCAACUACCGUCAUGUGGCCAACACACUGUCAGUUUACAGAAGUGUCAAGCGUCUAGGCAUCCCUGAUAGUCACAUAGUUCUGAUGCUGGCAGACGACAUGGCUUGUAAUCACAGAAACCCCAAGCCUGCCACAGUGUUCAGCCACAAAAACAUGGCGCUGAACGUGUAUGGCGACGACGUGGAGGUGGAUUACCGAGGUUAUGAGGUGACGGUGGAGAACUUUCUCCGAGUUCUGACCGGAAGGCUUCCGCCCAGCACGCCUCGCUCCAAGCGUCUCCUGUCUGACGACCGAAGCAACAUUCUCAUCUACCUGACAGGGCAUGGUGGCAAUGGCUUCCUGAAGCUCCAAGACUCUGAGGAGAUCAGCAAUGUGGAGCUGGCAGACGCCUUUGAACAGAUGUGGCAGAAAAGGAGGUAUAAUGAGCUGCUGUUCAUCAUCGACACCUGUCAGGGAGCCUCCAUGUACGAGAGGUUCUACUCGCCAAAUCUCAUGGCUUUGGCCAGCAGUCAAGUUGGAGAGGACUCCUUGUCGCACCAACCUGAUUUGGGCAUUGGAGUUCAUCUGAUGGACCGUUACACCUUCUACAUGCUGGAGUUCCUGGAAGACAUCCACCCUGCCAGCAAAACUAACAUGAAUGACCUGUUCAAAGUAUGCCCCAAGAGCCAAUGCGUGUCCACACCGGGCCACCGUACAGACCUGUUCCUUAGAGACCCAGGAAGUGUCCUCAUCACCGACUUCUUCGGCAGCGUCCGCAAGGUGGAGCUCACCAUGGAAACCAUCAACUUGACCGACCCCAUAAAGCUGGUGGAAGAUGAUUACGACGUUGGAGAGCUGCAAAUGGAGACUCACUCGUACAUGGAUCAACUACCAGUGUCAGAGAUCAUCCAUCAGGUAAAAUUUGCUGGAAGCAAAACAGGCGUGUUGCUGGAAGCAAAACAGAAGCCCAAGCAGAAAGACUGGCACCCUCCGGACGGCUUCAUCCUAGGCCUGUGGACCCUCAUCCUGCUGGUGUUUUUCAAGACAUACGGCGCCAAGCACCUCAAGCACAUUUUCUGAGGCGUCCCUGUCGCUUCGCUUUUGCGGUCGUCGACCUGAAGAGGACGGGGGGAGCCUUCACUAUAGCUUGUUAAAAGGGAAGGUGGAGCUUGAGAAGCUUUUACACUGGAAAUUUGCCUGAACUUGAAUUCUAUUUCAAAUGUGAUGUAUUUUAAGUUAUAGGAGGAGGAGGAGGAGGGGCGGGGUGGGUGGGUUGUCUGCAGCCGCCGUGACCAUCACUCCUUGAAUGAGGCUGCUUCACAUAUUUCUCCGCAUUUUCUUGAGGAAAAUACAGAGCCAGGGCCGGCUGAUUGGCAGAGAGAUGACUGCAUAACGCCUCCCCUGUCGGCGCGUAUCACACCCCCUGACCGUCAUGUCAUGCGCUGGAAGGAUAACAAUCCAGCAUAAUAUCACAUCUCCAUUUUCUUAUUCACCAAAUUGCCCUACCAGCAUUAACCGUGCAUUUCCGGUUGAUGGACGGCGUUUCUGUGGCCAUUCCCAGUCUGACGAUAAGUGACUGAUAAACCAGUAAGCCGUGGGUUGUCCCGAAUAAAUCUCCUCCAUGAUAUAAUGUGACUUUUUUUCCCCUUCAGUUCUCUCUUUUCCUUUCAUUCCUUGCACUUCAGUGUACAUCACCGUCUCAUUGCCGGGAGGAGUGAUUGAUGACCUAAGUGUGCGGAUUGAACGCAGUCGUACGCCCAGCGCUUCAGUACUGAAGCCAGAUGUAUUGGAGGACAGCUGCUGUAUCAGCCACUGGGUAUCUUUUUUCUCCACAUUAUUAUUGCAAUGCUAAUCGCUUUCUUCCUCGUUUUGCGAUCAAAUUCUCCAAGCAAAUUGUAUUACUUCCUUAUUCCGUGAUUAAAGAUGAAACGAUAAUUAAAAAAUACAUUUGUCUCCAAGCGCUUAUAAUUAACACUAUAGAGCUUCCCUAGUUACUGGGUAAUGAUGUUGAAGAUGAGAAAUCUUCCUUGCUUGAAGGCAUGUCCAGCCAAACGGAAAGUGGUUAUUUUAUUUUAAUUUAUUUUUUUACAACAAAGCUAUCUAUUGAACAGCACUGCUUGAUGAGUUGACACGCACACCUGUCAUGUUGUUUCCUUACACGGAGCAGCUUGGGCGACCCAGGGAGGCGCUUACACUUCAUCUUCCUGUCCCAGUCAGGCACCUCAAAGACAGAACAGCCAAUAGAUACUUGGCUCACUGCACAUUCGUUUACCACAAAGCAAAAGCUGCCUUAUCUCACAUUGAUCCGUUUAGAAACCCACCGUAGAGUUGACCAAAUCCCCUCCUGUGCCUCUGUUUACUACAACGUUCAGCUCUUCCCCUCUGAGUUCUUAAUUAAAAAAUGUUUUAACAGUAA